AUGGCGACCGAUACGGACACCUCGUCGGUCCCUACACACUCCCAAGGCACCGACGCCCCUACGCCCGUCACAAACUCGGCCAACGACGGCACCAGCCGGCAAGGCGAGGAUAUUCUGAGUUUUGGCUGGGACGGCAGUGCCUGCAUGCCCACCGCCUGUGCCGCCCGCAUGCCGGUCCCAUCGUCCUCGUCACACUCGACGUCCAUGUCAGAGCACUGCCAGAAGAAGCGCAAACUCGACGACUGCUCGGAGCUAGAUCCUCGACUCAUGGGCAUCUGUCCGACAUCACGAAACAUCGAGGAGCUCGCCAAACGCGAGCUCGACCAUUUCCCCAGUCCCGACCUGCUCUUUCCUAUGCCCGCCCUCGAGUUCGACUUUCGCAUCGCCGUCUCCCUGAACCCCGAGCUGUCGCGCUCCGAAAAUAGAGUCCACAAGGAAAUCAUCACCGUGACCAGCGGUAAAUGGUCGGGGACCUUUGGCAACGGUCGCGUUUUGGCUGGCGGCUAUGACCUAGGCCAGGCCCGUGGCUUCCGUCCAAUCCGUAUUGUCGAAGGCGCCUUUGUCCUCCAAACUGAUGAAGCAGCUCCUGCGGUUUUUGAAAUGCGCACCCGCGGCUCUCUCUCCGGUCCCUGCAACGUCCUCGACGUCCUCCUGAGCCCCCGAAAGGACAAGGAUAUUGAUCCUCGCCAAUAUAGCUUCCGCAUGUUCUGCACAGUCAAGGCGGCCGACAAGCGUUAUGCUGAGCUCGUCAACUGCGGUCUAUGGGUUGCUAGCGGCGUAUGGAAAGGCGAUGAGCUCAUUAUUGAUGCCUUUCGUGUCACGUAA